AUGAAAGCGACUAAUCUGCCCAUACAAGACCGGAAUCCAGAUGAGAGGGAAUCGUUAUACCAGUCACUGGCCAUGGACAUGCGGAAAGAGGACGAAGCUUUUUCAGGACAGCAAGAGCGAUAUUCCGCUAGAACUUCUAGUGGCGAUCACAGAGUGCCCAACAAUCGCGUCGUUUGGCUACGAGUUCUGUGGCCAUUGUUGUUCCAUGGAGUUCUGACCGUCACUAUCGCCAUUUUUAUGCUGGUUUACGUAAAUGAUAGAAACUUUAACAUCUCGGAGCGAAAACCAACAGUCCAACUGCACGAGGGCAGUCUGGUACCUUGGGAGUUUUACGCCCCGCUACAAUCUGACAUAACAACACUCCUCUCGAUUUCUAUUGCUAUCCUUCGUUUGGUCGCUGCUGGAUGGCUUGGCCCGUUAUGCUGGCGCUGCGCAUUCAUUCUUAUGGAGAAAUAUGGCCUUAGGCCCCAACAACUUCGCAGGCUGAUCUCUUACAAUACUGUCACAAUACCUCGCGCACGAGCAACCGAAGGAACAAGACUAACUCGGUGGCUCAUAUGGGUCAUGCUUGCCAUCACGAUUCCUGUACAACUUUCGGCUCCUGUCCUCACAGGUUCCAUCACAUGGUUACCGGCACACCACACUCCUCAGCGUUUGUCUAACUUAACAAUUGCUAUACCGACGUUAAAUACGGGUCGAUUUACCACGAGCCGAUGGUUCAGCAGGCCCGAGAACACUAAUAGAUUACUUCGCCUUGCUGCCGGUCUCACUUCUCUAACCUGGGGGCGUGAUACAAGUACCAAUACCAUAAGGCGUUAUAUACCAGGACUCCAACUGGAGGUUAACAGUACCAUCACGAAUACUACACUGCCGUACUUCUCGGUGAAAUCUAUCGAGUGGGUCAAUAACCCCAAUGCCACAUUGAGCACAGAACAGCUCUCAGCGGACCCCGCGCAGCCAUGUCGUAGACUUGGCAUAGAAAGAAAAGAGUGUGAGGUGAGGUCGCCCGCCGGAUUCCUUAUACCAGAUCCUGUUGUGCCAUAUGAUCCUAGCUCCAACCUGACCGACCCAAAGCCCCUGGUGAUUUCGGAAAGACGUUUAAUGAAGAAACGGAUAGGGAGUGUUAACAAAGGAGCCGAUGGCUCCCCUCGGUGCACCUACUCAAAUGGUACUGAAGUUAGCAUUGAUAACUUCAGAGUCGAUCGACCCUUUUUUUACGGCUACACGAUCUGCUACGCCUAUGCAUGGAUCGAUUAUGUUGCCGGUGCCAGUACCUGUUACGAUUGCCUGGUUUCGUCACAUCGAAUUGUUCAAAAUAAUUCAGUUCUCCAUGUGAAGGAAGAUUUCGCCACGACAACUGCUUUGCGUCUUGCCCCAGUCGUUACAGGGUUGAUUGAAGAACAGGAGAUAAUCGACGUAAUACCUACUUGGCACAGCUUAGAUGAGCAGGUUAUUGGGAUGCUUACCCGUGCCUACGUCGUAUCUUGGGUGGCUCUAACAGAUAGGCUAGCUUGGGACAACUUAUAUAACACCACAUACUCCGUCUCAGCCCCCGCUUCUCAGGCUACAGUGAACGUCUCACGCGUCUGCAUCUGGCUCGUUUUGCAGUCCCUUGUUACCCUGUCUGGUGUGUUAUUCAUAUAUGUCCAAUCACGGACGCGCACCCUCAUCAUAACCGAUAUGACAUUGGCCGUCUUUUAUCUAGACACCAGUGCCAUAUACGGACGAAAUGAUCAUGGCGAGGAGGAAACUCUUCCUCCACGACGGGUUCGGUUGGAGGGAGAUUGCCUGAGACUCAAGAUUGAGUGA